GAGGACAUUCCUACAGAGAAAGAUUUGAUCCAUAUUAAUGCUGCAGACAUAAAGGAAGAAGAAGAGACAGAUGUGAGCAGUGAUGAGCAGUAUAAGGAGGACAUUCCUACAGGUAACCACCCAGAUUCUUGUAGCAGGAGAUCAGAGGAGAAUCUUAUAUCUUCAGAUUAUAAAGCAGAUGAUGAUAUCACACAAGAUACAUAUGAAGAACAUUCCAUUAUCCCAGAUACACCCUCAGCCCUUCACAGCCAAGAUCUGUCAUCUCAUCCUUAUAUACAGGUCCUGUCUUCUCAGUCAUCACAGGGUGUUCAGAAAAAUAAAAGACAUCAAAGAGAUCAUACAGGAAAGAAACCAUAUUCAUGCUCAGUAUGUGGGAAAUGUUUUACUGACAAAUCACAUCUUCUUAGACAUCAAAUAACUCACACAGGAGAGAAGCCAUUUUCAUGUUCAGAAUGUAGAAAGUGUUUUACUGACAAAUCAAGUCUUCGUAGACAUCAAAGAACUCACACAGGGGAAUUUUCAUGUUUAAAAUGUGGGAAAUGUUUUACUCGGAAAUCAACUUUUCUUCAGCAUCAAAGAAUUCACACAGGGGAUAAUCCAUAUUCAUGCUCAGAAUGCGGGAAAUGUUUUAUUAAGAAAUCACAUCUUGUUCAACAUAAAAGAACUCACACAGGGGAGAAGCCAUUUUCAUGUUCAGUAUGUGGAAAAUGUUUUAAUGACAAAUCAAUUCUUGUUCAACAUCAAAGAACUCACACAGGGGAAAAGCCAUUUUCAUGUUCAGAAUGUGGGAAAUGUUUUACUUUGAAAUCAGAUGUUACUCGACAUCAAAGAACUCACACAGGGGAGAGACCAUAUUCAUGUUCAGAAUGUAGAAAGUAUUUUCCUGACAAAUCAAGUCUUCUUAGACAUCAAAGAACUCACACAGGGGAGAAGCCAUUUUCAUGUUUAGAAUGUGGUAAAUGUUUUACUCGGAAAUCAGACCUUGUUGUACAUCAAAGA